ACUGUCAACAGACAAUCCCAAAAUAUCGACGCGGAUGAUGAGCGCUUCCAGAAGAUCAUCAAUACUCGUAGUAUCACUCAUGAGAACCCAAAAUGCAAUCUCUCCACAGUCCUGGAUAGAUCCACCGGCUCAACGGAGCAGACGUAUGCGGAACCUGAAGCUGAACCAUCCCUACACAUACAUAACGUCCGAGACGGAUCCAUUCCAGCCCUCUGUCCAGCAGUAUCGGCUAAAGACAGUAUUAGCAGAUCCAUGUACCUGGAUUUCGAGAAGGAUGAAUCUGGAAAAUACAGACCACAUGACAGCACACGACCUAUGGAUGAUAGGGAGUAUCAGUACAAAGACCCACCCUACAUUCACACUACAUAUUGGAGCAAGAAUCAAGAUGGUUCCAUUCGCAGCAGAGAAAACACACUUCUUGAAAUCAGAUCGAAGUCACUUCUUGAUCUGAUGACAAGCGUCAUGUGGAACAUGAUAGAGCAUGAGAGAGCUUCAAUAUGGAAGAAGCUUCCUGUCGUGGUGCAAACAACCAACAAACUACUACUACAUUGCUUCGAAGACCUCGAUCAAGUCUCUAAAGCACGUGAAAACCGGGAUCAAGCAGCUCGACAGGUCCUGCGACAACUCUUGAACGAUGUCCAGUACAUUGAGUCGGAUUUCGUUCGAGCACAAGACUCUCUGAGAAACGAGCAAGCAUUACGAUACGACGACGUUUGGUUCCUCUUCAAACCUGGAUCAUACAUAGUAGGCUGGCCGUUCGAGGAGAGCCCGCAAAUCUUUGUGGUCCACAGGCAUAAUUUCCGGGAUGAUACCUUCACUGUCGUAUGCUGGGCCUAUGGCUGGGACGGCAAUGAUUUGGUACGACUCUACUACGAGUUUACAAUUCGAAGCUACCAAGGUGUUAAAUCGGUCACCGAUCUUCCUUGCUAUCCUGUGGAGUUGUUUUCGGACCCAGAGAAACUGCGAGAACAAUUGAUUGAGAGAGGGAAGGAGUUCUGGAGGUACUGCAGUGUUACACAACCGAUGCCACUGUACCAGUCUUCCAGUUUUUUUUCUAUCCCUGCCAAUCUCUUCGACGAUGUCCACAGGGAUCUCUCUGGAAGGUUCACUUUGGAAUUUAGCAAGCAGCCCAUGGAGAUAUACACAAGCAGGGACCGUCCUCACGAGAUCAUCAUUGAUGCUGCAAUGUGUAGACGAUAUUCUCCGAGUUCUUAUCACCGUCUUGGGAUGAUGAGAUCCAUGCCUGUCAAGCCAUGCGACUGCGCAUUAUGUGGUCUGCAUGAAUUGCGCAUACCUUUCGAAGAGUCAUUCAAAACGGGCAAUUUGGAUGUUGGCAAACAUAUCAACGUCUACGCUCUCCUCCCUCCCCGACUACACGGAUACCUCAUCAGCCGCAAAGAAUGGGGUCAGGUUCUCAUUGGUACAGUCACUCGGUAUCAAGAAGAGCAUCCUGGUGCCGCCUGGAAUAAUCUUUCUCUUACGAAGCAGGACAAAGUCAACAUAAACGCAAUGGUGUCUGCUUACUUCAAACGUGAGGCCAAUGAAAACAGCCGUGCUGCAAACAUUCAGGAUCCUACACCAGGUAAAGGAGAGGGUUUAGUCAUAUUACUACAUGGGGUUCCAGGAGUCGGAAAAACAAUGACUGCAGAAACCCUGGCAAGAUCUUUACAACGUCGAAUGUUACGAAUUGAUGCGUCCGAUUUCGAACACAACAACGCAGGUCAGGUCAGUGAAGUCUUCAAGCGCUACUUCCAUAUGGCAUCUUCAUGGGGUGCAUUGUUACUUCUGGAUGAGGCAGAUGUGUUCCUACAGGUUCGCAAGCGUGCAGAACUCGCACAGAACGCACUCGUAUCCGUUCUCCUGAGAGAGUUAGAGUACUUUCGUGGGGUGCUGAUCAUGACUACAAAUCGUAUCGUUUCAGUAGAUUACGCCGUGCAAUCCCGCAUUCAUUACGCAGUGCGAUUUCGCGAGCUUCGCGAAGAUGCGGUUGUGCAGAUAUGGGAAAACUUUCGCGAACAGCUGAAUGACGCGAACUGCACCGAGGAAGAGCGUGCGAGUAUUGACGAAUGGUUUAAAUACUCUAAAACCACGUUGAUAAACGCGAAGUUCACAGGAAGGGACAUUCGAAAUGUGUUCAUGUGCGCUCAGUUGCUUGGAUAUCCUAUGGUAACGCGAGAAAACCUUAUGAGAGCAGUGGAAUCAACCACUUCCUUCCGCUCGGACUUGGACAAGACGAACUCAAGAAUUGCAAAUCAGAACACUAUCACUGACGAAUGAUCGGUUGUGGGUACAUUGGCUAGGUCAGAGCUGUUCAAAUUGUGUCGGGGAGCGUGAAGAGUACGCAUGUGCGGAAAUAUUGAAGGAUUGAACUGAGGUUGUAUUGGGUGAAGCUAAGGACAGUAUAUAUAGGUGAGUAGCUGUAAACAACGCUAGUGUGACGUGGCAGUCACUCUCAUGGCACGUGAUGUACAACAGGCAGGAGCAUCCUAAACCGUGACAAAUUGCGUAUGUACGUAUGUCGCUGUAGAAGAACUUUGUAAAUCUUCUGAUAAACUCUGGUUCAAAUGCUAGGUU